AUGAACAAACCUGCAAUAGAAUGCGAGAAAAGUACUGAUUGUCAGCAUAAUGAUGCUCAAUAUCUACAAAAUUUAAAGUCAGCAGCAGAAAAAGGAUCAAUCGACGCUUUAUGUAGUUUAGGAAAAAUCUAUUUCGAAGGCGGCAAUAAAUUUGCGCAAAAGAACACAUCCACUGCUGUAUCUUACUAUGAUCGUGCCGGAAAUUUGGGAGAACAGAAAAGAGAUGACAAGGAAUUAGCUGAAAAGGCCGGCUUUGCACUUCUCCGUGCUGCCGAGAUCAUGAAUUCCAAUACGAAACUCGACGAUAUUGCAGACAGCGCUCUCUCUUAUUAUGGGCGUGCGUCAGCUCUUGGAAAUACCGAAGCGUCACUAAAAAUAGGGCGAUUCUUAUUCAAGCAUAUCAAUAACAAAGCUCUUUCACAAAAAGCUAUUGACAUACUCAAAAAUUCAUCAGAUCUUGGUUCAGCUCCAGCCCAGAACGAAUAUGCGCGAUACCUCGAGAAUGUUUUGAAAGACGAGACCGCAGCGCUGAAGUAUUACACGCUCUCUGCCAACCAAGGCUACGAAAGAGCGCAAAUUAACGCAUCCAGAAUUCUCAUGAAGAAUAAAACAGGUGAUACCGAUGAUGUAUUUCCAGGAACAGAGGUUGCACCCAAAAAAGGCAAAGCGAAGAACCCUAGUCUUCCAAUUCCCCGUCCUUCAUCAACUCCUUCCCUCCACGAAGAGAAAAACCAAAAACAGACGAAAAAUUCCAAUUCCGACCUCACGAACGAGCAAAAGAUCAAUUCCCUGAUUGACAGAAUAAUGUCCAUCGAUGCAGAAGACCACAAGAACCGCGCAACACUCAUGAAAACGCUAAACAUUCCAAAAGGAACAGUUUUGACCUCAGAAACAACUAAGAAACUAACAAAUCUACUUAUCUCUGUUUUAUCUACUGCUCCUCCUUUUUCCGUCAUCAUCCGCUCUUACAAACAGAUCUAUUUCAACCCACGCGAGUCCUACGAAGACAUCACCAUCGCCUACAGUCUUUUCCCUCUUCUUUCUCUCCAAAACUAUCCGAAUCAGCUUCUGAAAGCUCUUGCAAGGAGAUUAACUUCCGCUUCAAACAACGACAGACAGGGCGCGAAGGACUGUCUGAUGAAGAUAAACACACAGAUACCUUUUAUCAUACACCUCAUCGCUUUGACAUUGACUCCUCCUCCUCCCCACGGCACAAAGGAUUUGUUGGAUUUGGCCUUCCAUUUCUUGAUUGAAUACAAACCUCCUCCACCACUUUUUGAUGACUUUUUCGUUACUUCCUCUUUUGAUGACGAAAAGAACGUGUUGGGACUGAACUCAAUGAUCUCCGAGCAGAGAUUAAACGACGGACUAACGAUAUUCAAUGAGUUGUGGUGCACAUUUCGAAUUCUCCAUUACGCACCUCAUUACCAAUCAUAUUUUCAGCAAUUCUUGAAAGCAUUGACUGCUUUAGCGAAAACAAAUGAGUUUUUCGCACAUGACAUAAGGAGAUUCAUUGUCAACCACUGGCCAAGACUCGAUCCACAGAAGGCAGUCUUGUUUAUGCAAGAAGCAACAGCUCUUUGCGUGGAAGGACCUCCUCCAGAAGAAGUUGUUUGGCAGAACUUGUCUUGGAGAUCUUCGUCAAUACACUGGCAGAUCGCUAUGGAAGGAAUGAAGUUCAUUGAGACAACUAUAGGAAGGACUGAUGGUUUCGACCAUUCGAUACUCACAUUCCUUCUACAGGACGCAGCAAAGAACCAUUGGCACAAUGGAGUCAGAACAAGAGCUCAGUCUGUUUUGGCUUUGAUUCCGGACACAAAGCCAAAGAGACCAAAUUUGCUACCAUUCGAUCAAUGGGGAGAAAUAAAGAAGAUAGCAAAGAAGAAUUACCCAAACGAUGUAUUCGAAUCAAAGAUGAAACUCAAACCAAAGUAG